AAAUCCGUUGUUCUUUUUUCCAAGAAAAAGUGCAACCAUGCCACCAAAAAGAAACCUUGGGAAGGCUAUCCAGACGUUACAGAUUGGGCUUGGUGAAGGCAGUCUAGCACACUCAGAAGGAGAGAAUGAGCCAAUCAUUCCACCACCAUUGUCACCAAUACUUGGGGAGCAUUCUUUUGUCAAUCCUACCUUUAACAAGGAUAGUGAAUCUGGAGAUGAUGUUGCUCAAUCUGGUGACUCCCUUGUGAAAGCUGUGUCAAAUCAGAUUAACAUCAUGAGGCACACACUGUUGGAAUCUGAGGAGAAAGCUCGACAAAGAAGCCAAGAGGUUGCUAGACAGUUGGAUGAGUCUUUUCAAAAUUUGGCUCAAAAUUUGGCCCAAAGUGUAGCCCAAAGUGUAGCCAACAUACGGCAAUCCAAUGAAGAAAGUGCCAGAAUCUGGCGCGAGCAAAAUGCAGAAAAUUGGAGAGCUUUCCAAGCUAAAAUAGAACAAAUGCAGGAGGCAUUUCGACGUGUCAAAAUUGAGCCUCAGCCACAAGCAACAGAUCUUCAAAGGCAGAAUCAGAAUAUUCCAGCUCCAACACUUGGGGGGCAAGUUAAUCUGCCACAGCCACCUCCCCAAAUUUAAUUUCAGAAGGCCAGACUUAAGUGCAGAGUUGCCCUGCCAGAACAAGAAUUUGUCAAGCUAGCACAAAAUGGUCUGGACAUUGAAUUGAGGAAAAAGUUUGAGGGAAUGGAGUUUCGUAAUUUCUUUGAGUUGUCUUACAAGGUGGCUCGUUAUGAAAAUUUAUUGCAAGAGGACACACAAAGGAAAUCUGCAUCUCAUAGGACUUAUUAUGGUGAUGAUAACUUUGAUCUGGACGUGGCAGAAGUGGUGGCAGACAAACUAGUUGUUUGUCCAGAUUUGGUUAAAGUGGCCCAGCAGACCGACAGAACAGGAAUUCUGCAUUUUCCAGAUAAGGCUAAAGAAACUAUGGGAGUUGAUGCAGAUCCAUUCCCUACCAUGUCUGUUGGGGUGAACGCGACAAAUCUCAGGAGCAUUGCCAGGGACAGAACUCAGACAUACUAUAGGCGCAGACUUGCAGCUGAUGAUCUGAGGUGGGUCAUUGAAGAGGCUAGGGCCCGCAGAAAUCAGGCGAAGUUUGACGUGUCAGAUAAAGCGGAAAAGUCAUCAGAUGUAAUCUGUUUUGGUGAGUUCUCCGUGAAUCUAUCUUGCUUGGUGAUCACUCUUCCUUUGGUCUUUCAAGCAAGAGAGCAGUCAGAAUCUGAAGUCUGUCACCAGACAGAUUUGACUGAGGAAGAAGAAGUCAUCGAGAUCCCAGCUAAGGAAGAUGGUGCUGUGGAUUCAACAGAUAAAAUCAUUUUUGAAAAACCAGAAGAGAUGAUGGCCAGACAUAUCAGGCCAUUAUACAUUCAUGCACAUCUGGAUGGUAUGCCAAUAAAUCGAGUUCUGGUUGAUAAUGAAGCAACUGUCAAUGUUUUGCCAACUUGUAUUCUGCACAAAAUUGGCAAAUCUUUGGGUGAUUUAAUGGAGACAGAAGUGACAAUCAGUGACUUUACUGGUGGAGUAAAUCGCUCAAGGGGAAUUCUGCCAGUAGAACUUACUGUUGGAAAUAGGACUCUCAUGUGUGCAUUCUUUGUGGUUAACGCCAUUGCCACUUAUAAUGCAUUGUUUGGGAGAGAUUGGAUACAUUCCAGCUGGUGUGUUCCUUCAACUCUGCAUCAAAAAUUGAUAUUCUGGAAUGGUGGCAGAACUGAAGUCGUGACACCAGAUGACAAAUCGUUUGUGGCAAAUACCAAUGCAGUGGAAGCUCGUUAUUAUGAUGAAGAUAUUGGGACUAUCCAUUUCUUUGGGAUGGACCGCUAUGGCAGACCUUCUGGAAUUACUGCUAGCACCAAAUCUGCAAUGGACAGAGAAACUGUGAAAGAGGUAUCUGAAGUAGUCUAUGAAGGUGAAGAGGAAGAUUUGAAGGAUCAGAUAACACUAAAGGAAUUAGAUCUCGCACUAGCAAAGCUUGAUGAUCUGAAGGUAGAAGUACAAGAUCCCCUGGAGGAGGACUAUUUUGCUUGGGACUAUUCUGAAAUGCCAGGUCUGGACAGAAAUCUUGUAGAGCACAGAUUACCAAUUAGACCAGAUUUCAAGCCUUUUAAACAGCCGCCUAGACGAAUGUCUACAGAAGUCACCUUAAAAGUAAAAGAAGAGAUAGGGCGGCUGUUGAAGGUUGGUUUCAUCAGAACUUCUAGAUAUGUGGAAUGGUUAUCUAAUGUGGUUCCCGUGGUUAAAAAGAAUGGCAAGUUGAGAAUCUGUGUAGACUUCAGAAAUCUGAAUCUGGCAACACCAAAAGAUGAAUAUCCUAUGCCUAUUGCAGAUUUAUUGGUGGAUGGUGCAGCACGCCACCGAAUUCUGUCAUUCAUGGAUGGGCACAUAAUGCCAUUUGGUUUAAAAAAUGCGGGUGCAACUUAUCAAAGAGCCAUGAACGCCAUCUUUCAUGAUAUGAUUGGUCGUUUUAUGGAAAUUUAUAUUGAUGAUGUGGUUGUGAAAUCUAAUGAAGAUGAAGAGCAUCUGGAGCGUUUAAAGCUGGCUUUUGAAAGAAUGAGAAAGCAUGGUCUGAAGAUGAAUCCUUUAAAAUGUGCAUUUGGCAUUUCUAUUGGAAAUUUUCUAGGAUAUCUGGUGCAUGAGCGAGGUCUAGAAGUGGAUCAGAACAAGGCAAGAGCUGUUAUUGAAGUACAGCUGCCAAGAAGUGAGAAGGAGUUACAAAGAUUCCUUGGACAAGUAAAUUUUCUGAGACAUUUUAUUUCAAAUCUGGCAGGAAAGACAAGAGUUUUUUCGCCACUGUUGAAGCUGAAAUCAGAAGCAGAUUUCAAAUGGGAGAGACACCAUCAAACCGCCUUUGAGGAAAUAAAGCAUUAUUUAUCAAAGCUGCCGGUCUUAGUGCCUCCUUUAAGAGGCAAACCUUUGAUUUUGUACAUAUUUGCCGCAGAUGAAUCUGUAGGUUGUCUGCUGGCUCAAGAAAAUAGUAAAAAGCAAGAACAAGCUGUUUAUUGUUUGAGUCGAAGUCUGUCACAGACCGAAGUGAAAUAUUCUUUGGUCGAAAAAUUAUGUCUUGCUUUGUUUUUUGCUGCAAUAAAAUUGAGGCAUUAUUUGCUUUAUUCCGAGGUUUAUGUUAUUUCAAAAACUGAUGUGAUAAAGUACAUGUUGUCUCGACCACUGUUGCGAGGUAGAAUUGGGAAAUGGGUUCUGGCUUUGUCAGAAUUCAACCUGAAGUACAUGCCUCAAAAAGCUGUCAAGGGGCAGGCUUUGGCAGAUUUCUUAGCAGAUCAUUCGUGCCUGGAGGUAGAAGCGGAUGAGAAAAAAGAUGUAACCCAGACAGAUUGGAGAUAUCUGAUCAUGGAGUACCUCAAAAAUCCAAAUUUGAAGGCCUCAAGAAGAACAAAAAUGCAGGCCUUGAAUUAUGUUCUGUUGGAAGGUGUUCUUUAUAGAAGAGGACAUGAUGAAUUACUUCUGCAUUGUCUUGGUCCAGAUGAGUACUGCCAGAUUAUGUUAGAUGUGCAUAAUGGAAUAUGUGGUGCACACCAAGCUGGAAUUAAGAUGAGAUGGCUAAUUUGUAGACAUGGAUUCUUUUGGCCAUCGAUCUUGAAAGAUUGCAUUAGUUAUGCUAAAGGUUGCAAAGCCUGCCAGAUUCAUGGACCACUGCAAAAAGUUCCAGUGUCAGAACUCCACCCAAUCGUCAAACCGUGGCCAUUUCGAGGAUGGGCCAUAGAUUUGAUUGGUAAAGUUUAUCCUCCUUUAACUAGAGGGCAUUCAUUUAUUAUUGUUGCCACGGAUUACUUUACCAAGUGGGUGGAAGCAAAGCCAAUGAAGAAGGUUGAUCAGACCGAUAUUAUUAAAUUUCUUAAGGAAGAAAUCAUUCACAAAUUCGGUUUGCUAGAAAUAGUGACUUCGGAUCAGGGGAUAAUUUUUGUUGGUGCACAAGUUGAAGCGUUUGCAAACGAAAUGGGAUUUUGGUUACUCACUUCAACCCCUCAUUAUGCUCAAGCCAAUGGUCAAGCUGAAGCUUCCAACAUAAUUGUGAUAAAUCUGCUGGAAAAAAUGGUUGAUGAUAAUCCAAGGUGUUGGCAUGAGCUGUUAUCUGACACAAUUUGGGCUUACAGGACUUCACAAAGGAGUUCUACCAAGGUAACUCUAUUCUCUUUAACUUAUGGACAUGAUGCUGUUCUGCCCAUGGAGUUGUCUGCUAGAUCAUUGCGUAUAGCAAUUCAACAUGGUCUCACUUCUGGAGAAUAUAAUGAAGCAAUGAUUCUAGAGUUAAAAGACCUUGAAGGUAUGCGAUUGACGGCCUUAGAUAGGCUGCAAACGCAGAAAUUAAAAGUAGCUCGAGCUUACAACAAAUGGGUGAAAUCCAGAAGUCUGGCAGUAGGAGAUCUGGUAUGGAAAGUAAUUCUGCCACCUGGAAAGAAAGAUCCCAAAUUUGGGAAAUGGUCUCCAAAUUGGGAAGGACCAUUUCGUAUACAUGAAGUACUUAGAGGAGGAGCAUAUUGGCUUGAAUCAUUAAAUGGAGAGUUACAUCCUCAAAAAAUAAAUGGAAUCUACCUUAAGCCUUACUAUCUUAUGAUAUGGGAGGCUAGAGGUUUGGAUACCAUUGAUUCUACCUGAGACAGAUUUGAGAGACAGAUUUGAGGUAGGAUUUGUACAGUAUUUUAUUUCAUUGUUUUAAGCAUUUUAUCAUUCAAUAAAAAGUGCUGAGCCGA